AUGUUCCACUUUGUGACGCCACUCAAAAACCAGAGUUCUGUCACUCCCACGUUCCUCAUGACGGGCAUCCCAGGCCUGGAAGACAAAGGACUCUGGCUUGCCAUCCCUUUCUGCUCCAUGUACAUAGCCGCCAUCUUGGGAAACGUCGUUGUUCUUCUUGUGGUCGUGACGGUCCCAAGCCUCCACAGGCCCAUGUACUUCUUCCUCUCCAUGCUGGCUGUGACUGAACUGGGGGUGUCCAUCUCUACGUUCCCCACAGUCCUGAGCGUCUUCUUGUUCGAUGCCAGAGAGAUCGGGAUGGAUGCCUGCCUCGUCCAGAUGUUCUUCAUCCACUCCUUCUCCAUCAUGGACUCGGGAGUCCUCUGGGCCAUGGCCUUUGACCGCUUCGUGGCCAUCUACAGCCCCCUCCAGUAUGUCACCAUCCUGACCAACUCCCGGAUCGCCAUGAUAGGUUUGGGGAUUGCUCUGAGGAGUGUUAUCCUAAUGACCCCCUUGCCUAUCCUCCUCAGGGGGCUGCCAUUUUGUGGGCCCAACUUGCUAGCUCAUCCCUACUGCCUGCACCCAAAUUUGAUCCGGCUCCCUUGUGCCGACACCACAGUCAACAGCCGUUGUGGCUUGUUUGUCGUACUUUCAACUUUUGGGCUCGACUCCCUCCUUAUUGUCCUGUCCUACAUUAUGAUAGCCAAGACGGUGCUGGGCAUUGCCUCCAAGGAAAGGCGCCUGAAGGCCCUGAACACCUGCGUCUCCCACAUCUGUGCCGUUCUUGUGUAUUAUACUCCAAUGAUCGGCGUGUCCAUGGCACACCGUUUCGGCAAGCACGCUUCUCCUCUCCUGCACGCCCUCAUGGCCAACCUCUACCUCCUGGUGCCUCCAGUGUUGAACCCCCUCAUCUACAGCAUCAAGACCAAAGAGAUCCGCAAAGCCCUCCACCAGUUUCUCUUUCAGAAGUUCUGA